AUGACCGAACAAUGGCGAAAUGGCUGCUUUUCUGGCGUCUGCGGCGGUAGCUGCGGCGUCUGCAUGGCAGCAUGGUGCUGCACUCCCUGCCUCUACGGCCGCACAACCCAACGUUUGAAGCGGUUCCCAGACGACAACAGGGACGAAUUCUCCUCCUGCACCGGCGACUGCUGGCUCUUCUGCUGCCUAUCCCAAACGGGCUUCGCCUGGAUCCUCGCCAUGAUGAAGCGCGGCGAGAUCCGCUCCAAAUGCAACAUCGAAGGCACCGGCGUCAAGGACUGCCUAUUAGCCGCCUGCUGUACGCCCUGUGAGAUGGCGCAGGCAGAGACGGAGCUGAAGGAUCGUGCCGCGUCUGCGAAACUUCUUCCAACGACGGCGAAUGAGAAACUGGGGUAUGAGAGUGUGCCGCAGGAUCAGAAGAUGAUUUAUCAGUCCCCAGCGCCUCCGGUGCAGCAGGCGUAUCCGCAGCAUCCGCAGGUUUGA